CAUAAUAUUAAUAACAAAAAAUCAAACCAUUAAUAUGCCCCUAAGCAAUCUUUAAAACAAGUGAUAAGUUGAUAUUGUGGAGUUAGCUUUUAGAAAAUGAAUAUUAAACGUGGCAAGUACCACAAACCACUAGAUAAUCAUUUUUCAAACAACGUCUGUCGUUCAUUUUUUUAAUCAUCUAAAUAAGUAAUUGUCAAGUGACUACCAAUAGAAAUGAAACUUUUUAAACAGUAGAGAUGCAAUUGAAACUAAACUCAAAGUUUUGAAGCAUUUUGAAUAAUUUAGCCAUUAAUAUAUUAAUUUCCACGAACAUCAUCUUAAUCCUAUCAUAGGUGACCCAAAUUACUAUGUACUUGUUUUUUUGUACAUCACAAAUGAAGAUUGGGAGUUCAAUUAACAUAAGCAUAGCAUGACCUACUACUACAAUUUCACGAUACAUUCCAAUACUUUUUGUUUCCUUUGAGCAGAAAACAUAUGGGAGUGAGGGUAUUUGAACUUCCAUAAUUUGGAUAUGAUAUACAUAUCAUCCAUAGGAGAGUGAUACCGACCUACAUUGGUUCGAUCGGUUUUGGUCAGUCAGCACGGUUUGUUGAAUUGUUUUGAUCACCCCUAGCAGGAACCCAUAAGAAUCACGUGCUAUAGUAUUUACUAGCUACAUACAAUCUAAAUCAAAAUCACAAUCAAAGGUUUUGAAAAGCAGAAAGAAACUGAGCAUCUAAUUAUGAUUCUAAGUUUCUAACACGGAUCCAAGAUCCAGCGACCAUCUGAUUCUUAUAGGCAGAAUCAGAUACUUUCCUUUGAAAGGGAGGGAAGAGUCAGAGGGAACUGGAAGUGCCAAUUGCGCUGACCUACAAGCUUCAAAUGUAUUAUUGUUUGUUUCCCAUGAAAAUAGAAGGAAGAAAAGGUCAUUUGUGUGGUUCAAAGUUCUUUGAGAUUUUUAUUCGUAGAUUUGUUUUCAAUGGGUUGAUAAUUUCUUGAAUAAUUUGCAAUUUUAAUAUCUGGUUGUUGUGAUAUGGUAACAGUAGGUCUCUGUUUUUGCAUAUUUUCAAGGUGACUUUGCUGACAUCUUAAGGAAAUGUUAGACAAGCUAAAAGGAUAUUGAACAGAAAAUUGUAACCAUCUUCCCCACCAAGCUUUAUUUGGCUUUAGUGUAAUGGGAUUUUAUCAACUUUUUCUUAACUGAACUGAAGCUAAGUAUUUAUAUGAUGUUGUAUCAGAUGUGAAAUUCCAUCUCUCCUGUCACUGUAAUUACAGGGUUUUUUUUUUUUUUAAUCUCUUCUUCAUAUUGACUUUAUUCCCUGAAGAACAUCGAGUAGAACAUAAUCAUAGACGGAUGGGAAGGAAAGGAAAUUGGUUUAAAACUUUGAAGAAAGCUCUCAGCUCCAGCUCCAAAAGGAAGAAAGACCAGAAGACUAAAGUGUCUGGGAAACAAAAACGCCCCAGUUCAGGUCUGUCUUCUUCAGUGACUACUGCAAACCAGAUAAGUCAGGUAGAAAAAGUAAAACCAACCUGUGAGGAGAAUGAAGACCACUGCAAAGCUCAUCAUGUUCCAAUUUCAAAUUCCACAGGCAUAGCUUCUAGUUCUGCUACCUCUGCCACUCGGUUUGUCCAGACCAUUACUGAGACUCAAUUCACCAGAAAAUCUAGAGAGGAAAUGGCAGCAAUCAAGAUUCAAUCAGUUUUUCGUGGAUACCUGGCAAGAUCGGAAAUACGAGCCUUAAGAGGAUUGUUGAGGUUGAAAUCAUUGAUGGAGAGUUUUGUUGUGGAUCGUCAAGCCAUGAACUCCAUUCGGUGCAUGCAAGUUUUUGUUCGUGUCCAUUCCCAGAUCCGAUCAAGGAGGUUGAGAAAGCUGGAGGAACAUCAAGCUCUGCAGAAACGGCUCCUACAAAAACAUACAAAAGAACUAGAGAUUUUUCAGGUUGGGAAAGGGUGGAAUGACAGCACACAAUCAAAGGAACAGAUUGAGGCUAAACUACAAAGCAAGCAUGAAGCAGCUAUGAGAAGAGAGAGAGCAUUGGCUUAUGCUUUUUCUCAACAGAAAAUCUCGAGAAAUUCUUCAAGGUCAAUAAAUCCACUAUUCACAGAUCCGAACAAUCCCACCUGGGGUUGGAGCUGGUUGGAGAGAUGGAUGGCAGCUCAAGAAUGGGGGGACGUGAGCUCUGGCAUUGCUUGUGGAGAAAUCAAUAAAGCCAAUGCUCAAUCUGAACUGACCUCCGAGACAAAUUUGCCAACUGUAAGCCAAUCCGAAAGCCAUAGAUAUACCUUCAAGCCCUUCUCACCUUCUAAUAGACGAAGGUCAGUCGAAGAGACGAAGAAAUUGAAAUCGUCAAGCAGAAAAAAGAAGUCGGUUCCAGAAAUUGAAGGAUUCGGACUGACCUUGGAGGCAAAUUCGCCAACAGCAAGCCGAUCCGAAAGCAAUAGAUAUACUUUCCCGUCCCCCUCAACUCCUUCAGCGCAAAGGUCAGUUGCAAAAGGAACGAAAUCAAAGCAAUUAGGCGCAAGAAAUAACUGGAUUCCAGAUUAUGACUGCAAGAGCUUGGCGAGUAUACAAUCAAACAAGUCACUUAGGCAUAGCAAUGGAGGACCUAGAUCAUCCUUAUGGGACGAAGAAAGCCAAACCAGAUCACCAAUUCUUCCAAGUUACAUGGAUCUCACUGAAUCUUCAAGAGCGAAAUCUAGGUUGCAGAGUCCAAUUGAGAUGGAGAAUAAUGAAGCUCGAGGAAGGACGUCGUUUAGUUCUUCUGCUAAGAAACAUUUGUUAUAUCCGCCAUCUCCGGCCAGGUCGAGGCGGUAUUCCGAUCGUCUGAAGAUGGAUUAUGGCUUGAAUGAAUAAAAUGGCAGAAGCAAGGGGGAGAUCGUUUGAAAUUUGAUCGCGUCAAGAAAAAAGCGGCACGUUAAUGGUGGGAAGAUCGCCAUGAAAUCCGCCAUUUUCUUUCUUACAGUUGCAUUGCAACUGUAUUUCGUUUCGUUAUGGAUCAAUAAUGUUACAUUUUAUACUUUUUAUAAUUUUAUAUUUUUCUAUUUUGCCCUUUUUAAGAUGUUCAUUCUUUUCGUGGAGAUGGAGCCACCAUCAACCCGCUUGAGGCAAGGAUGGAUGGAAGUUGGAACGGAUGCGAAGAAUACAUAUAUUCUCCAUCCUCGUUUCCCAUUCCACCACCUCGUUUAUUUGCUUUCUUAUUUUUUUAAAAAAAUAUUAUAUAUACACGCAUGUAUAUCUAUCUAUAUGUUCCAAUCAAUUAUUAAACUCUUAUGUAUAGAUAAUGAUAUGGGUUAUUUUUAAAUAUAGAAAAAUAAAUUAA